CGGAGCUGAGCCGUCUCAGGGUAGCGGGACUUCAGUGCUGGGGCGCUGCUCCCGGGGCUGGUCAUGAACGGGCCGGCAGACGGCGAAGUGGACUACAAGAAGAAAUACCGAAACCUGAAGCGGAAGCUCAAGUUCCUCAUCUACGAGCACGAGUGCUUUCAGGAGGAACUGAGGAAGGCACAGAGGAAAUUGCUGAAGGUGUCCCGGGACAAGAGUUUCCUCCUAGACCGACUUCUGCAAUAUGAAAACGUGGAUGAAGACUCUUCUGACUCAGAUGCCACUGCAUCUUCAGAUAACAGCGAGACAGAGGGGACACCCAAGUUGUCGGACACACCAGCCCCCAAGAGGAAGAGAAGCCCUCCGAUGGGGGGUGCCCCCUCUCCCUCCAGCCUCUCUCUGCCUCCUUCAACAGGGUUUCCCCUUCAGGCCUCCGGGGCCCCUUCCCCCUACCUGAGCUCGCUGGCUUCCCCCCCUUACCCCCCAUUCCCUUCUGACUACCUGGCCCUGCAGCUGCCCGAGCCCAGCCCCCUGAGGCCCAAGCGGGAGAAACGGCCCCGCCUGCCCCGGAAACUCAAGAUGACGGUGGGACCCCCUGACUGCCCUGUGGGAGGGCCGCUGACUUUCCCCAGCCGGGGUUCUGGGGCUGGGGUGGGGGCAGCCCUGGCCCCACUGCCACCCCCUAAGAUGCCCCCCCCUACGAUCCUGAGUGCAGUCCCUCGGCAGAUGUUCAGCGAUGCAGGCAGCGGGGAUGAUGCCCUGGACGGAGAUGAUGACCUGGUGAUCGACAUCCCGGAGUGACCCCCUCUGCCUGAGCCCCUGUCCAGUGCCCCCUGUGCCAACACACACGAGCCCCCAGCUUCCACAGAGACAUUUAUUGACGCCCAGUUGCCAUGCUGUGGCCACUGACACAAUCAGAAAAGGCAUAAACAUGCACAAAUGUCCCCUGGCAGGUGGGCCCCUCACCAGAGGGCAGGGGCCUGCCCUCACAUCCUGGCCCCAUCCUGUGGACAGUUAUUUAAAUGAGUGGCUGGGAACAUCUGCCACCUCUGGGAGAGGCAGAGACCCUGCGGUGCCUGCCCGCCCCCCCCUUCUGUUUAAAAGGGCAGCUGUACAGGGCGAGAUGUUUUGCUUUUUGAACGAUUCUGUGUUAAAGGAUUGGCUCUUUUU